UAAAGUCAAGCAGUCCACGAAUUAACCAAGACCAUCCUCAGAUUCUCGGCCUUCAUCAGACAUACCACAAUCAGACCACCCGCAGAUUCUCACCCCUCACUAGACAUACAUAUCAUGACUUCCAGUACUUCCACAAACUCACAUCCGUCCGCCCAUACUUCUACAAAAGGACAUGAACAUCCACAAGGCUCCUGUCCAGUGACGGGCAAGACAUAUGACUUCUGCCCAGCACAGGCUAAUGACGCAAGAUCACCCUGCCCGGCGCUGAAUGCCCUCGCCAACCAUGGUUACCUUCCACGAGAUGGCAAGAACAUCGGCCCAUGGGACCUCGUUAGUGGACUCAGAAACGGCUACCGCAUAUCAACAGUGCUGGCCUGCAUUUUGUCGUUUGGCAGCAUGCUCCUACUCGGGCAAUACAGAUCCUUGUCGCUCUCAGAUCUCGCUCGUCAUAACAUGAUCGAGCAUAACGCAUCACUUGUUCACAAAGACGACAGAAACGGCGCAGAAUAUGCUCCAUGCAUGGUGAACAGGAAGCUAUUAGAAGCCCUUUGUGCAGACGGAGGGAAGGUAUUCCCAGACAGAAUGACUCUCGAGGAUGCCGCGCACAUCCGUGUCAAGAGAGAAGCGCAGUGCGGAGUGUUGGAUGGUGUGCAUGGUGAGAUAGCUCGAGGCGAGAUAGUCAUCGCUAUCGGAGUCCUAGGUGGCAAGGACGCGGCGAAGAACGGCCUCGCCAUUAGCACAUUGCACGAUUGGCUGCAGCAUGAGCGUCUACCUGUUGGCUGGAAGCCGGAUCACACUCAGGGCUUGUAUCAGACAUACAAGAUGGCGAAGUAUGUCAGGGAUCGCAUGAGGGAGAUCAAAGCGGAGAAACCACCAGUAGAGUCGCAUUAAUAUUUGCUUUCCGUCUAUAUUUUAUUGGUCUUCUAGCGUGUUCAGAUUUUAUUCGUAUAUAUUUCAUACCCAUCGCACGUAUGUUCGUACCACAAAUUUACUUAUAUCACACAAUAUCAAUAGCACUGUUAAUCACUCUGUAUUCCAUCCAAUCCCUUCACGAGCUACACACAAUUGUUGAUUAUCCCUAAUUUAUUGCUUGGCCUUUACAUGGGAUCGAGC